CACGCCGCGGCGGGGUGUGUGCGGCGCGCGGGCUGCCCGGAUGGCCGCGCUCGCCUUGCUGCUCCUCGCCCUCCUUCCCGCCGCGCCGCGGGGCCAGGAGCAGGAGCAGAGCACCGACUGGAGGGCCACUCUGAAGACCAUCCGGAACGGCGUGCACAAGAUCGACACGUACCUGAACGCCGCCCUGGACCUGCUGGGCGGCGAGGACGGGCUGUGCCAGUACCGCUGCCGCGACGGAUCUAAGCCUUCCCCACGCUAUGGCUUUAAGCCCUCCCCGCCCAAUGGAUGUGGCUCUCCGCUGUUUGGUGUUCAUCUCAACAUCGGCAUCCCCUCUCUGACCAAGUGCUGCAACCAGCACGACAGGUGCUACGAGACCUGCGGCCACAGCAAGAAUGACUGCGACGAGGAGUUCCAGGCCUGCCUCUCCAAGAUCUGCCGGGAUGUGCAGAAGACUCUGGGCUUGGCCCAGCACGUGCAGGCCUGUGAAACCACAGUGGAGCUCUUGUUCGACAGCGUGAUACAUUUGGGCUGUAAACCCUACCUGGACAGCCAGCGGGCCGCCUGUUGGUGCCGCUAUGAAGACAAGACUGACCUUUGAAGAAGCUGCUAUGGGCGGUGACCCCACAUGAGGACAGAAGACUGUAACUUUGAUCAAAGAGCAAGCAUCUCUACGACAUCCACGCUGCCUUAUACUCAUGAAAGGACUGUAUGUUGACUUUAAAACUUCAGAAUUUAAAAAAAUGUGGGGAGGUAUCUUCCUGGACCACUGCUGCCUCCGUUUGCCACGUUAUCCUGACCAAUCAUAGAAGGAGGCAUUUGUUCAGGGAAGAGGUUUUUUUUAAACUGAGUUUUUACAACUGUAUUUACAAAAAAAAAAAAGUGAGGUCAAAUCUAAAAUUCAUUAUAAGGUAUGCUCAGCAUUAUCUUACUUGGUAAUAUGGGGCAAUCUUCAUCUGAAGUACAUUUGUUUAUUUUUUUAAAAUGUAAACGUAUCUUUAUACCUGGAAAGAUCUAACUUGUAUCCACAUCUAUUCCAGUGAACACACGCUGCCUUUCUAUAGCUGCUGAACAUAUGAAUAAGUCCUGCUUUUCUGCUAAUGAUGGGACUCCUUACAGGGACAGCGUUUCAUGUUUCUUUUGUAAAACUGGAGCCAUCACCUGGUGACCUAUUAGGGCGCAAAACAAGGACAGCUAAGUGCCUUGUGGGAUGUGACAUGAGCAAAAUUCAGAAGCACAGCUGCUCAUGUUAUAUAAACCACUCAUAAGACAAAUGCCAUUACUUUUCUAUAACCUUUUACCUUAACUGGAGAGAAGAUGGACUUAGUGAGACAAUCAAAAGUUGAAAACACACACCACCACCACCACCACCACCACCACCACCACCACCACCACCACCACCUCCAGGCUGUUACAUUCUGGUGUUCCCUAUUAAGUGUUACUCAGGCUAGAUAAUGGGCUACUUUUUUUUUUUAAGCCUGUUAACUUUUUACCUUUUAAAGAGUCAUUCUUGCUAUAUUUUUUCAAGUCUUUAAAUAGGAGUCCAAAGGGAUGAAAAAGCUAGAACUUUAUUUUAAUAAAUGUGUGUUGUUGUUGUUUUUACAGCACUCACUGGCUUUAUACAAGGACUAACUCAGAGUGUGUUUGUAAAAUGCAUAGUUCACGGUCCUAGAUUAUAUACAGAAAUCAGUAGAAACUAUGGGCAUAUGCUCUUCUUACAAAAAGCCUUUUCUUGGAAAUAACUUGACAUUUACAGAAACAGUGCAAAAAUAAUUAGAUAAUUUCCUGUAUACAGUUUACCCCUGAUGUUUACAUUUUACAUAUGAGCAUGAAAGACUUGUCAAGAAAGUGACUUGGGAAUUGUAACUACCAUUAAAUUCUAAACUUGAUUUGGA